CCCCGCCGCGCUCGGCGGUCUCUCGCGGGCCGCCGCCGUCUCCUCAAAGCUGCGGGCCGGCUUGGAGCGAGCUGCCUCGUUCUGCCUCGCGCUCUUCUUCCUCAGUAGCCCGGCCGGGCGGCCAUGGCGGCGCGGCGGCGGCCCGCGGCCGGCGUGGGAGCCCGGGACGCACUCGCGGUGCUGGCGCUGGCCUUGUGUGCUCCCGGGGUGGGCGGCGGGGCGCUCGAGUGGUACUCGGCCAUGGUGAGAAUCGAGUACGUGGACCCGCAGUCGAACCUGACGGUGUGGAGCGAGUCGGAGAGCGGCCGCUUCGGAGAAAGCUCGCUCCGGGAGGAGAGGCAGGGCCUGGUGGGCGUCCCGCGCGCGCCCGCGCCCGCGGAGGGCUGCGCGCCCGACACGCGCUUCGUGGCGCCCGGCGCCCUCGGCAACUCGCCCUGGGUGGCGCUGGUGGCGCGAGGCGGCUGCACCUUCAAGGAUAAGGUGCUGGCGGCGGCGCGGAGGAACGCCUCGGCCGUGGUGGUCUAUAACCUGGAGAGCAACGGGAACGCCACCGAGCCCAUGUCGCACGCGGGAACAGGAAACAUAGUUGUCAUUAUGAUUAGCUAUCCAAAAGGACGAGAAAUUUUUGAUCUGGUGCAAAAAGGAAUUCCAGUAAACAUGAGCAUAAAGAUUGGUACUCGUCAUAUGCAAGAGUUCAUCAGCGGUCAGUCUGUGGUGUUUGUGGCCAUCGCCUUCAUCACAAUGAUGAUUAUCUCAUUAGCAUGGCUAAUAUUCUAUUAUAUACAGCGUUUCCUAUAUACUGGCUCACAGUUUGGAAGUCAGAAUCAUAGGAAGGAGACUAAGAAGGUUAUUGGCCAGCUCCCUCUACACACUGUGAAGCAUGGCGAGAAGGGAAUUGAUGUCGAUGCUGAGAAUUGUGCAGUGUGUAUUGAAAACUUUAAAGUCAAAGAUGUUAUCAGAAUCCUGCCAUGCAAGCAUAUUUUUCAUAGAAUAUGCAUUGACCCAUGGCUUUUGGAUCACCGAACGUGUCCAAUGUGUAAACUUGAUGUCAUCAAAGCCCUGGGAUAUUGGGGGGACCCUGAGGAUACACAAGAGCUACCCACCCCAGAAGCUGCCCCAGGAAGGGUUUCUGUUGGAAAUCUGAGUGUGACAUCCCAAGGUGAGGAGAGGAGUGAAAGCAACCUUCCAUCAUCUUCCUCGAGCGAGUCUGGGCCGCACCGCCCCUGUCUUAAAGAAGAUGCAGGGGAGGACACAGCAUUACUAGGAGCCGGCAGGAGUGACCCUCAGCAUGGAGGAUCCAUAUGCUAGCACCAUCCUCACUGACAGCCUCACCGACAGAGCCUUGGCUUGAAUACAGGACAUUCAGUUUUUUACUCUAGGGCAUAGUUCGUAUACUUGAAAACAGUGGAUUUUAUUUUACUUUACCUUUCAGAUUCAGGUUUGAUAUACAAAGGGCUGAGAUAUUUUAUUCCUAAAAGACUUUUAAUUAGCCUUCAUCUAUUUAUCUACUAAAUUAUGAUGUCUAUCAUAAAUUUUGUUGUAUCAACUGUCACAGAUGUGUGUGGAGGGGUUGUUUCUGAGUACUAGACUAGCCUCUGUGGUACUAUAUAUAAAACAAGAUUCUGUCUCUUGGGCUUUUUAGACAAAGCUCACCGAGUUGAAGUGUGAAGUGUAGUUCCUUAUUGAUCACAUGAACGUUCCCUGAGCAGAGACUGUCGAACUUGGAAAUGAGAAAUCUUGCCGUGGGCAGUGGUGCAUACCUGACCUGCAAACUCUGGCUGAGGCGCGAGGAGCUUGAGUUCAAGCCUGCUUUGGGCUGUGUAGCCAGACUGCUACGAAGGGGUUAGGAGAGAGAGAGAGAGAGAGAGCAAUCAGCUGGCUUGCACUGUGUAUCUGCAGAGCCUUAGAACCACACAUUCCUCCUUCUUAUGUGCAGUUGUGAGAAGAACACUAGAUGAUUUUAUGAUUUACAUUUCUACCUUUAUUGCCUAAUUUCUUUUCACACUUGGAAGGAGAAGGGAAUUUAUCCAUGUUUUUCUACAAACUAAAAAAAAAAAAAAAAAAAAAAAAAACUGGCAAAAAAUGCCAUAUUGCAUGUUAAAAAAGCAUUAAAAUAUUGAUUAAGAAAAUCAAGUAGGCAUACAGUAAUGUCUUUAAAUGAUUAGUAUAUUUUGGUGGAUUUAAUCUUUACAAUUAAAAAUACUUAAUUAAAAUUUUGAUUUUGUUGUUAGACUAAAAUAACGUUUUCCUAAAGAGAUUUUAAGCCGAUUCAAUACUGUGACCUUUUAUCCUUUUUAUCCUUCUUUCCUGUUUAAUGUUCUUGCUGGUGAAGUCUUUGAAGACUGUUGUCUAAAUUCUGUAUAGUGCUUAGAUACAUACUUUGAAGAGCAAGGAGUCCUUUGUUGUUGAUUCUAAACUUGUGUUGUAUGUCUACUUUGUAGACAAAAAUAAAUGCUUAUUGACAAAAA